CAAGUACUAACAUGAGUUUCAAAGAUGAGUUAGAAAUCAGAACCCAGAACAUGAAGGCUAGUAAAGAUAGAAGGGAGCAGUUUAUGUUUUCGAGUAAUAUACAGACGACAAGUGUACCUGCAGCCAAUUCUCCACUAUACAAUACUCAAAGGGGUAAUGAACACCGUAAUACUGAUUUCCUUGCUCUUGACAUGUCAUCCGGGCAAGUUCAGCAGCAGCAACUGCAAUUUAUCGAACAACAGGAUAAUUACAUCGAGAGUCGUGUAACUGCAAUCGAGUCCAUUGAAUCUACGAUCGCGGAACUCGGUAACAUCUUCCAGCAGUUGGCGCAAAUGGUUGCAGAACAGCGGGAAACUGUUCAGAG